GGUUUGCCGACGCGGGGGGAAAGGCUGCUGCGGCUAGCCCUGGGGGCUCUCUCUCUCUCUCGCUUCGUCUCCGGCACCGGGAGGAGUGUUUUCUAGAUCGGCAUUCUGAGUCAAAGGGUGAUGAAGAUUCCCCAUGUGUCAAAGACCUCUUGCAAGAAAGGGAGGCGGGAGUCUUCCGCUCCCUGUCCGGGUUGGCGGGCGCCUCUCUGUUCAAAGUCCACGCAUGUCCUGCCAGGACAGGACAUUUUCUUUUUGCCUCGGCUGUCGGAAGCUGCAAGAGUACAAUGGUAUCGAGGAAUGUGCUUGGGAAUGGGAGACGCGCUACCCGCUUGGGCGCGAGCGACUGAUUGGCGGCAGGGGGCCUUUGAGAACGAAAGAGUCUGGAUGUCGUGCAUCCUGUCUUUGUGUUUCAGCCCACUGCGGAAUUCGAUCCGUGGGCGCUGCUGGGUGUCAGCUGGGCAGCAGAGUCUGGGAUUCUGGAGCAUGGCCAGUCAGUCUACGACGACCAGUCAGGUGUCACGCAGGCGGGUUUCUGUGGCUGAUCUCAGAUUUUGGUCCAAAUGUCCACACGGUGUGGGAUCCUGGCCAGAGCCUCGGUCCUAUGUGUACAGGGAGUAAUGGGCAAUGUGAAUGAUGAGGUGCUGGCGUUUGUAUGCAAGUUGUCAUGGGCGUCCUCAGGUUGACGCUGCUCCGGUUCCGGAAUCCUCCGCAUUCUGGGAAUUUGGG